UGCCUGUCAGUCGCUCAACUCAGGCUCGCGUUGACGUAGAUUUUUAGUCAUCUCACAUCCAAAAAUCUCAGAAUCUCACAUCUCAUUGCAAAAUUUUGAUUCAUGUACCGUGAACUGUGGUAUUUUGUAGAUUAAUAAAUUACUUAAAUUAAACAGUUUCUCUAACUCAGCUCAGUUUCUACUUUUAUUACAUUGUUAGGAGUUUCUGUGCCAUUACAUUAAUGAGAGUUUGGGUGCCUUGUAAUGUUGCAGUGAUAUUUGGUUCAAUUUUGUAAGUAAAGAAAAUGGGUUGCAAGGGAAUAUGCAGGUUCUUCUUCCGUAGACUGCUUGAAAUACUUGUAGUUAUAUUGCUCAUUAUAUUCCUCCCAAACCUGCCUCCAUCAUCUAAGAUAUCACAAUCUAUAAGCACACCAAACUUCAAACAUCUGGAAGGUAAAUUAUCUAAGAAUGAAAGACUGAGUGGUGCAGAAUUAUGGCAUAAAGAUGAACUCAAUGGUCCAGAAGCCUUUGCUGAUUACAAUGGGGAACUAUAUUCAUCCUUACUUGGAGGUGACAUUGUCAAACUUGUGGGAAAUCACAUAACACCUAUUGUCAGAACUGGAAAGCCCUGUAAGAGUUUGUACCAAGAGGAAUCUUGUGGAAGACCUUUAGGAAUUAAAUUUGAUCAAAAUGGCAACCUCUAUGCAGCUGAUGCUUAUUAUGGUAUUCUGAAGAUAAAUGUGAAAACAGGAGAAAAACAAGUCAUUGUUGAUUCAAAUCAAGAAAUUGCUGGUAGAAAACCAAUGUUAUUCAAUAGUAUUGCCCUUGCUACUAAUGGUGAUAUUUAUUGGACAGAUUCAAGCACUGAUUUUCACUUGAAAGAUGGAGUAUUCACAAUAUUAGCUGAUCCCAGUGGAAGAUUGAUCCAUUAUGAAGCAAAGAGCAAAACAAACAGGGUGCUCAUUGAUAACCUCCAUUUCGCAAAUGGAGUCAUGCUCUCUGAAGACGAAUCAUUUAUCAUCGUUGCUGAGACAUUUGGAAGCCGAAUUCAUCGAUACUAUUUGACAGGAGCUAAAAAAGGCACCCAAGACAUUUUCAUUGAUGGCCUCCCUGGUAUGCUUGAUAAUAUCAAUUCCGAUGGCAAAGGUGGAUUUUUGAUACCACUCGUCAUAUCAGCUGAUGCAGAACAUCCUAAUUUGGGUCAAAUUAUUCAGCCAUUUCCUCUCUUGAAAAAGUUAUUGGCUAGACUGAUGGGUAUCACUCAAUUACUAUUUGAAACAGUGAACAGGAUUUAUCCUUCAGAAUUUGCAGAGCGUUCCAUUUAUUACGUCGGCAAUUUUCAAAUGUUUCCUAGGAGCUUGGAUCCAUCACGAACAACACUUAUUCGCUUAUCCAAUCAGGGAGAAAUCAUAGAAUCUUUAUCUACCACUGACAGAAAUAUUCAUAGUAUCUCUGAGGCACAUAUAUUCAAAGAACAUCUUUACCUCGGGUCGCCAUUCAACAAUCACAUUCUGAGGAUUCCUCUAUCUGAAAUUGGUUGGUCUGAUCUAGCACAGAAGAGGGAAAAGCGCGAUGUGCCGGAAAUACCUCAAACCACGCCCCCUCAAAGACAACAGGCAACUACACCCCCACCCAAACAACAGCCAACCACCCAACCUCCAAAGACAACACAGCAGACUCCACCUCCCAAACCACAAACAACUCUCCCCCCGCCGAAACAACAAGCAACGACUCCUCCACCAAAACAAACGCCGCCCCCACAAAAACAACAACCUACGACCCCUCCUCCAAGGCAACAGGCACCAGCGCCACAAAAACAACAGGUCACAACUCCUCCCCCAAGUCAGCAAACCACGCCUCCCCCGAAACAGCAAACCACUCCUCCCCCGAAACAGCAAACCACUCCUCCCCCGAAACAGCAAACCACUCCUCCCCCGAAACAACAAACCACUUCUCUCCCGAAACAGCAAACCAAUCCUCCCCCGGCUCAGCAUACCACGCCUCCAAAACUACAAUCAACGCCUCCCCCGCAACAGAAAAUAACGCCUCUUCCGCAACAGCAAGCCACGCCUUCCCCAAGGCAACAAACCACGCCUCCGCCAAAAGAAACUCCACCUCCAGCACGACAGACCACUCCUCCGCAACAGGCCACGCCUACAGCUAAACAGGCCACGCCAGCUUCACAGGAACAAAACAAAGAACAGGUGAAAGCGGUGCCGGUUAGGGAUGCCCCAAGGGCGAAAAAUUCGUAAGUAAUGUUCAUAAUGGUACAAUGAGGGAUCUCAUUCAAAUAUUACUUUGAGAACUCUGGGGGUUCAAGAAAGAUUUGUUACAAAGAAUCUUAAUAAAUAAAAAACAUCUGAAUUAUUGGCCCAUCAACAUUUUGUUGGGAUUCCAUAUUGUACUUUCAGAUCAAAUAUCUGUGAUCUAACUAAUUCCACAAGUGAUAUUUCACUGAAAAUUAAUCAUUCCGAUUUUUUUAAAUUUACAAGUGAUAAGAUUUAUCAUAUGUUUGAUUGAGCAAGGUUUUGUAUGGGUUUUAGGGAUCAAAUUGUUUUUUCAUAGUAUUUUAUGAAUAUUGCUCAGUUUUUAUACCUUCUUACAAAAAAAAUGUGAUGGUUAUAAUUUGUUGCAGCUCUUGUUAGAUGUUAAUAUAUAAUGCAUAAUAAAAUUGUAAAAAAACAAGUCUACAUUAAA